CUGGAACACAAUCUGGAUGAGAUGAAAAUAGUCGAGGGUUGUAAUAUACUUACUAAUCUUCACCACAACGUGAACAUUUCGUGGAGAAAUUGUUGUCGAAAGUUCUAAAACUGCAUAGGACAACAAGCGCAGGCAGUAGAGAAGUGGAAGCAAGAACCUACAUGAUAAAAAGCGUGGUCCAUCAUGUAAGGGCCCGAAGCGGCUGGUUAGGGAUAUCGAUAGGGCAGUAUUUUCUUCAAAGCGGAAUGCUAGACAAUUUUUGCUGCAUUUUUAGAAGGGCUACUAGAUCUCCUACAGUAUAAUGUCGCCGCCGUCUUCAUCCGCUACGGCGAACUACUGGCCGCGCGGCGCCGCUGCUCACCUGUAGUGCGCACCAGAGUCCCCCUCCACCUCCUCUGUCUGUACUUACAACCAGAGCGAUUCCUCUGACAGCAGUUGGCCACAAGCGGGCGCGGGAAUUGGAGGCACGGGGAGCUUCCUUAAUUAUAGCAGCACCGCUUUCACCGCAAUGGCCGCUUCGUCCACCACCACCGGUGGGGUCCACUGGCGCGGAAACCCCCUGACACCGCCCAACCCGAACGGCAGGUCCGGCUCGGGUCCCCGCCCCGUAAAGGGUGUGGAUGCCAACGGGGUAGGUCUCGUGAACCGGGGCAGGCCCGCGGACAUCGAUAAGACGAUGGGAAAAGUAAACCAGCAACUCUUGAAGAUCAUCGGGGUUUCUCCGCACUAUGUUACACUCAUGGGAAACUGUCUGGCAAAAAAGACCACGUUCACAGUGAAGGUACUUUUUUUCUUGAAUGUUUUUGUAGUUUUCAGCUUGUUUGAAGACUGGCCACCAUUGCUUAGGUUUUUUCUGCCGUGAUGAUAGACAUAGAUGUCAUUUGCUUGUUCAAGUUUGGGAUCGUUAAAGCAGUUGAGCACUGCGAUUGCAGCUUCUGCUAAACUAAGGCAGCACGGGGACGAGCCUCAAUUGUACAGUUAGCGAAAAAUUAAAUUGAAGUUCAAGGUUCGCAAAAUCUAUGUGUGAAGGUAGUUUCCUAAAGGUUGACUGAUGUUGCCCCUUAUUUCGAAAACUAAGUACUUCAAUACAACCCGCCUGCUCCUUUCGAAAACUUGUCUGAGACGGCAUCAGCCGCGAAAGCUAGCCUUUCUUUUCUAAAUUCUUUUGGUCUAAGAGUAAAUUCUCAGAAGUCCUCUUUGUCCAUCUAAAUUAAGGUCGCAUCGAAUUUCAGAAUCAUCACUGCAGGGACGCAAUGCCUAAUGUAUUGAUUAGAAAGAUUAUAGCAAGGUUUUCAUCGUAAUCAUCUUCUCGCCGGGCCAGUUGUGAAUACCAUGAUUGUUGCAGCAAACGCGAGCGGUCAACAAUUCGUGGCCACAGCACCAGAGAUAUAGUUAAUAAGAAACAUGUUGACUUUAUUGUGUAACUACAGCUUUGACAAGAUAACGAUUAAAUUUUACGUCUGCAAGCAGCGGAGGGGCCAAAAAGGAGGGGGAAAAAAAUAGAAUGAUAAAUAGUGUUGAACCAUCACAACUACGAGCUGCUCGCCGAUCAUUGCGAGACCCUGUACUAGUUGCGCGACCGCCUGUCGUGGAGUUCGAGCCGGGGCGAUUUUUGCCGGUGAAAAUAUCUAACCGAGCAAACGCUUUUUUCUAUUUUCCAGAAGAAGAAGAUGAUAAACAUAAAAGGCAACUCGAAACAACUACAGGGGAAGAAGUUUGCGACCAGCGUUGUGCGGCAGUUUUACGAAAACUACGACGAGAACCUGCACACGUUGGGCGGCAAGCCGAACCCGUACUUGGUUCACCCUACGGAGCGGCCCCUGGCGGAAAAAAACCGAGAACUCGCACGAAAGGCCGGCACCUGGAAAAUGCCGUCUGACCAGCAGGUCCCGGCCUGCUGGCACACAAGCACGGCGGGAACUUCUGUAAGUGGCAAUAAAUUGGUGCCAGGCAGCGGCACCAUGCAGGCCGGGGGAUCGAGUUCCUCCACGAGUAAGCCAAACUUUCACGGCGACGGUCCGGUGUUUAACAUGGAUCCCGACGACCCACGCUCCCCCCUGUACCAGGAUACGGGCAGCAGUACACUCGGAGGCUCAACAACAUCUAUGCUCGGCGGUAAUGUCAAGAUGCCGCCGGGUGCCGGGGUGGACCAAAACAGCCGGAGCCGCCCAAUUUCCGCCCGGGGCGGCGGGGGCCGGGAGAGCACCGGACAGAUCGGCGAGGGGCGGGGGAUGAACAGCCGGAAGGGUGGCGACCAGGGCGACAGCAGCGGCAGUGCGGACAAUGUGAACAACAAUUCCUACACGAACGGCAUGAUGGGCGUGCGAAGCAAUUUGAAUGCGGCGAAGAUGACAAACAACAAUCCGGCCUUCUCCAUGAGCGGAAACAAAAAGAAGCUCCUCAAGCGACAGAAGUAUUGAUGUUUAGUUCGUUUGAUAGCUAUUUCGACACGCAUGAAGCUCUCGCUUUUCGUUCUUCACCUCACUGUGGCCCAUAGCAGUGCGCUUUGUUGAACCUUUGUUCAGUUUUACUAUGGACGCAUCCAUGCCGAAUCGCAAAACUUAUCGCAGAUCUGGCCCCCUCGGCGGGGAUGCGUCGGGUGACAGCAGCGAGCCGGAACUUGUCGAACCAGAUAAGAAACGGGCUAAAACCGACACAGGAGUGCCGAGGCUGCCUUCGCGAGGUACUAAUGCGUUUUUGCAUAGCGGCAGCAAACAUGCUGGAUUUUUUUCUGCAAAAGGAGUUCAUUUUGACGUGCUGUGCGACUUGUUGUGCGACAUCAUACGUUGUGAUCUACGUCAUCUUGUCACAAUCGAUUGCCACAUCAACAGGUAACAGUCGCAACCAGUCCCCGCUCGCGGGCAACAAGAAGGCGGCGCGCGGCAAUGCGUUUCCACACGCGCGCGCCGGUACGGUGGGGAAUAGUAAGGACAACAGGGGGCAGAAUUCCGCGAUGAAAAAUAAGAAAAAAGGGGAAAUUCCCGGGGCGAAUCUUACACAAGUGUCGGAUCUGAAACAGUUUUUCAAAGAGCACAACAUUCCCAUCAACCACUUGCUUGAAAAGUCGGACUACUUUGCCAUGAAAAUGCAGUUUGACGAGCUCUACAAGGAGUUUGGCAGCACGGGCAUCGCCGCAAAGAAACUCCGCGAGUCGCUCAUAGAAGUGCAAGCGAGAGGCGGGGCCGGGGCGAAUAACGCUGGCGGCACAGCACAAAAACAGAUGAAUCCGAACAUACUAUCAAAAGGAAAAAUCCCCCCUCCCCAUAUCGAAAACGAGAUUUGUGAUGCUGUAUUUGAGUACACAAAUCGACUUGUAAUGCUAGAAGGCCAAGAGACGCAUCGCAGCUGCGGCCGCGUUUGCAGGCAAUUUGUCAUGCUGUUUCCCACUUCCAGCUGCCCCCUGUCAUGCUGAAGAUGCAAGGCUUUGCCACGCCAUCCAGCACUACAGUCCGCAUCUUUUCUAUUCUAGCAUGACAAAGCUGAUUUGUGACCACAAAUCUGCAUCAGGGUAUGGGGUGGGGGGAUUUUUCACUUUGAUACAUACCCGCUGGCGUUCCAUCUGCUUCCUCCGCCGCUUUCCGCAGCAACUUGUUCGAGCCCGAGAAUGCGCGGCAGGAGCGCCUCGCCGCCAUCCGAAGCGCCAGCUCCAUUGGCGGCACGAAGGGGCCGGUCUUCAUGAGCACAUCGAAACCUGUUUUCCAACCUAACAUUCGGGCGGGUUCCGGGGGUCCGGGCAGCAGUAGCUCCUCGAGCUCCUCCUCGAAUCUCGUCAGCACCGGCCCGGUCUCUGCAAAAGAGCUGGACAUCGUGCAAACGGCGAAAAAGAUUGUGCAGACGCGAGAAUACGGAAAGUGGGCCUACGACGUGCUGCAGCUUUCUUGGAGAACCGCGGAAAUGAAGGACAUACAGAAGCAAUACAAAAUAUUCAUGAUGGUACAGAAUUUAUUUCUUCGCGUGAUGCUGAUCGAAGUGCAGGUCUUGAUAAGUUUAAGUACUAGUACGUCGACCCCCAGCACAGUUCUUUGCUAGGAAAAAGAGCUCAGGACUCCACGAUGAUGUCAUAAAUGUGUAUGAAAAACAAAAACAGAAACUUCAUCCGGAUAAGCACGUGGGUCUGAGUGGCAACAACGCAGAGCUGCUGUCCCAGGCGCUUGAAAAAAUCAAGCGAGCGAAGUCCGUUGCCGAGGACGAGCUUAGCAGGAUGAAGCACGACCCACCUGAGAUGAUACGAGGUACUUUGUUUUCGUACCAUUAGCGUUGGCGAUAAAGCGCGACUCUGCCGCUGGAGUUCUGCGCUUUAUUAAUUGUCAUUUUAGGGGCGAACGGCUACGGCAUUGGAAGAAUGAUACCAGUAGCACCUCGUGAGGAUGUUCAUGCGUCUGAAAAGUAAGAAUGCACAUCCACCAUGAAAAAACUAAAACACUGAACAGGUAUCAAAGCCACUUGCCUGAACGACACGCGUGGACAGCGGAUUUUCAAGAUCUCUUGGGACCAACCGCGAAACCGCGACGAGAACGCGCCGAUCGAGAAGUUCCACGUGCAAGUCCACGACCCGAAGUACGGAAAGUUCUUAACUUUGUCCGUGAUCGAAGGAGAUUACGACGAAGCGGCGAAACGGGUUUUGAAAAUUGAGGAGCUGAACUACUUCAAAAUGGAGGAGAAAAACAUGGGAAAACUGUCCCACAUCUUCAACGAGCAGGAGAUUUCGGUCCAAGUCUGCGCCCAGAACAAGAUCGGGAUGGGGACCUACGGGAAGUGCACUUUCCGUUCAAACCUAAAAGCGUCGAACAACAGACCCGCCGUGGAGAAGUUCGCAACGCUUCCCCCGCCCCAGCAGAUCGACUACAACGCGCGACUGCGGGGGCAGAACCGAGGCCAAAAAGAGCAAAGCAGUGCGACGAAGAAAAAGACCGGUGGUAGUUCCCCCAGUAAGAGCAACCUGUUCGGGUACAUGUCUGCGGGGGCGGCCAAUGUGUAUAAACCCCAGCCGGCUAGUGUGAAUAGCGGCACAACUUCUUUUAAAACCAUCUCCGGUUCAGGGUCUGGCACCUCUUCGCACGUCGGACUUCUGAACCAGCUCCGCGGCCAGGUGCAGUAUCCGCCGGGGCCUGGGGGUGCGAACACUAGUAGGCCCGGUGAACAGCCGCAGCAGUUGUCGCAGCACGCUGUGAAGGCGAAGAUGCGCGUCGAGCAAUUCGGGAACGAGUGCGACGAGAUCUUUAAACGCACACGGCAACUUCCCGAGGACAAACGGCAGGAGGAUCGGCUGAAGUGGAUACGGACACAGCCGGUGCCGGUGUUGCAGAAUUUUCUGAAAGCCAACGCCUGGCCGCACAAAAACCCCGCGGACGACAUCGGGCGAAGGGUGCUGACGUUUAUGGAGCUGAAGAUGAGAAAUGCCCAAUAGUACAAGGCAGGGUCGUUUCCACUCCACUUCGCGAAUCUCCUAUGAAGCCACUACUUAGUUGUACUACCUUGUGGGAAAAAUUGUAUUCCGGUCAACCACGACAACGACUAAAUUGCGACUUUUUGCAGUUUUAUAAUGUAAGAACUGAAUUAUUUGAGCCACUACAUUACACACGGAUGUAGAUCCUGCCGAGCUUAUAUUUCUUCGACAGAUACAGAUUGAUAGGGGGUCGGACGAGUAUUUUUCGAGAUCCUGUAUUUUCCAAAUGAACAACCGCUGGGGACGUGACGGAGAGUAGAGAUGUAGUUCUUUUGUCUUGUAAUAAUCGCAGAGCUGCUGGGACUGGAAAAAUUAUCCAGAACUUUUGUAAACACAGCUUGUACUUCUAGAACUAGAUGAAGGGUUCUCCUUCGGGAGUCAUCCGCUGAAAUUGGGAUGAUACAGAGAUGAGAACAGCUAGGUCUUUGUCUAGCGACGUGCGACCAUAAGCGACUGGUAGGAGCGGAACUCCAGCUUGUUUUUAACUAUUGACGACUUACGACGACUUAAACUUUGACUUCAAAAGCGACGACGCGACUCCUUUGUUGAGAAAAGAUUGACGGAAAUUUUUUUGGAUCAGUAUACAGUUACUGAUGUUGGCGACCUAGCACCGUCGGCGACCGUAGUACUAUCGCAAAGAUACGACAAAAUGCUGUAGCGACGCCGCGAUGAAAGGGCGACUCAU